AGAGGCAGUUGUGUGCGUCUUUUUUCUUAACUUUGGUAUGACAUUUCUUGCGUGUUUCACAAACUUACUUUUAAAAUUUUAGUUAAAUUAAACUUUUAUGUGUUUAUGUGCAACCGUUGUGUUUAAAUGUGUGAGGUGUCUUUCAUGGAAUAGGUUAUUUUUGUGAAUUUGAGUGUAAAUUUUUGUUAAUGUGUGAAAACGUUGGCUCAUUCGUGAUGGAUGGGAACUCGAAAUAUUACGAGGGAUGCGGGCAGGAAGGCCCUAUCCGCUGUAUAUUUCUCUGCGAGUUCCACCCAACCGCGGGUCCCAGAAUAACUUGCCAAGUUCCUGAGAACUAUAUUUCUAAGGAUAUUUUCGACACUGUCAGUCAUUAUAUCAUUCCUAAAGUACAGCUGCAGAGGUGCACAUUGACUGUCACACUGUUGGGAUCCAAAAUCCUGGGCUUUCCUGUGCGGAUAGACAACAAAAAGUAUGCACGCAACGCAUACUACUUCAACCUGUGCUUUGUGUGUGACGCCUGGGCCCGAACUGUGCACUUGGAGCCACUUGUCAAAAAGCUUACAGAAUAUCUAUUAUCAAUGGAGCUAGAAACGGAGUGGCUGUCAAAGCAGUCGUUGUCUGGUGACGCGAAGGACCUUAGCGGGUUAAUGAGACAGGUUCUACAUGACAUAAACAGUCGAAGAAUGUGCACGCUCACUGUGGGCACGACGACUACCCACCUGACGGUAGUCCGCGUGAACAGCGACCCAGCGCCAGUGAAGGACCACCAAGUGCCCGUGUUCCUGUACAGCAGGCAGUCCUUCGUCGCUGACCAGUGGGACCUCACUACCAACCAAAUCCUGCCGUACAUAGACGGGUUCAACCACGUGUCGAAGAUAGCCGCUCUCACCGACGUAGAGAUCAGCCUGGUGCGAGCCUGCGUGCAGAACCUCGUGUACUACGGAGUGGUGACCCUCGUGCCCAUAUUCCAGUACUGUGCUGUGUACAGUGCGACGCCUAAGUUAAGACAGCUCACGCGGUGCGCUGGGCUGCAACGGCAAUGCGUUGAAUUCUGUGCUAGAAGUCCUCGGCAGCUGCCGCGGGUAAGCGACCUGUUCCGCAUGUACGCGGGCAUGUCGUACGGCAGCACGGUGCGCGACCUUUGCCGCCGCAUGCGGCCACAGGAGCUGGCCAUCAACGAGCGGAAACUGGUGCUGUUCGGAGUGCUGGAAGGACUAAUACGCAGGGUGUACAAGUACCCAGUGACCUUGCACAACGAUAACGCCUCGCUGCGCAGUGAACACAGCCAGUACGUAGCUCGCACCUACAACGGCCUCGUCUGCCUCGACGAGCUGUGCUGCCAGGGAGGCCUCUCUGCCUCGCAGCUCGACGAGCAGUUGGAGCGGGACAGUGACGUCAUCUUCAUCGUCAAGUGAGGCCUUGUGACUCGUGUUUCUGGGACUCCUGGACUCGUGAGUGUUUUAUGACCGAGUGAUAACACGGUUACCGUCAAAUGAAUUGGGCUCGUGAACUGUGCUUUGGACCGAAUUCCUAAAUGGUGUGAUUCGAGUACUUGUAGGAAAAUGAACUGCUAAAUACGAAAAUGUGUUUAGAAUCUCUUGUAACAUCCCAUUCAUAUGGUAACUGUGGGUCUCGUGUUAAUUGGACUCAAAUGGGCGUUGCGAUGUUGUAUUCAAUGUUGCUGAACGAAGUGAUAACAUGACGUUUAAGUACUGAAUAGUUGACAAUUUGGCGAUGCUAAUGCAUGAUCCAUUUUCAAUUCGCUAAGCAAGGAUAUGAUGUUUGGAUUAUUUUAUUAUAAGACGUUGAUUAAAUAAUAUUGUGUUCAUUAUGAAAGUUCGUAAAAAUGUGUCAAAAUUUUCAUGUUCAAAGUAGGCCUGUAUUUUUUACAUUUGUUACACAGGAAGGUUUCUUCUAUUGUCAAUUUAGUAACGCGUAUUGUUUGUGGCAGCCCAUUUUCAGAUAGACUCUCAACUGCGUAGGUAGUGUGAAGAUAGUGUUAGUGUACAGCGUAUCAGACAAACUGAGCAACAAAUAUAUGAGACUUUGGGCGCUAACGCAGGUAUCUAGUCAGCUGCGAACUGAACGCCAAAAAGGCGCCUCGGACUAGAAUGUAUACUUCCUUAGGUGCAAACUUUAUGCAAAAAUAGGUUCUUGAAUGCUAACUUAGCCAAAUAUUCCACCGCAAACAAUAGUCCGACACGUUCGGUCGGCGAAAAAAGUCAGCUACAAACUGUAUGCCAAGAAGGAGCCGUGAUUAGCGCUUACGCGCGCACAAACUAUUCGCAGAACUAAGUCCAGUUGAAUGCAAAUAUUCAAAUAGUCAGCUGAAAAUCAAUAUCUCGAGAUUAGUCCUUGGGCGCUAACUUGGGAAAAUAAGCAGCCGGAAACUGUACGCCAAAUGGAGCCCUGGCAUGGGAUGGACGCUUACUAAGCCACAAAUUUUCUGGCAAAAAGUCAGCCGCAAAACAAUCUCUCGAUUCCGAGUCCUAGGUGCUAGCUCAAGUAUAAUGUCAGCCACAUACAAUGUCCCGACAUGAGUCCCUGACUGCUUACUCAGGCAUAAUUUAAGCCGGAACCAAUAUCCUCAUAAGAUUCCCUGGGUGCUAACUCGUACUACAGCCGCAAACAAUAUCCCGACAAAGUCCUUGGAGCAAACAUUUCGCUGCAAACUUUACGCAGCAAUGACUUUGCUAACUGUAAUUUUUGCUACUUUUGGCAUAAAUAUUAUAUUGGAGGUAAAUAUGUGCAUAACGCCAGGUGUUAUAUAGACAUCCGACGUAAUUUAUAUAAUAGAUUCUAGUCUUUGCGCACUUUGUAGACUUAUAGAAUUAUGGUGUUAAUCGAAAAAAAUAUAUAAUUUGACUAAAAAUUUACUAUCUCUCGUAGCAUAGGUUAAGAAA